AUGGAUUCUUCACCUACUGCAUCAACAAUCGAAUUAACGCUUCCUUCACGUAGCAGAGAAACGGAUUCAUCUAAAGAUGACAAACUUCCGGGAGUGACCAAAGCAAAAAUUGGUCGUCAAGGUCUUGAGCGUUAUUACAAUGAUUUCAAAGAGUAUACCACUGGUGAUCUCAAAGGUAAAACGUCUGCAAGAUGUGCCUUAUGCAAGGAACAAGUCUGGCAUGUGAAAAAUUCCACGUCGAACUAUAGUCGUCAUUUGCAACGGAAACAUCCAGCUGAGUUUCAGCUGUGGUCAGAAGAUGUGGCCAAGGGGACGAAAUCGGGCGACAGGAUGCAGCAAACUACGUUGGAUAUCAGCUUGUCUCCGACAACUCAUACAGCAAAAUACUCGUUAUGUCAUCCGCGUCAAAUUGAGUUAACACGAAUGGUAUUUCAUGAUUUCGUCAUCGGACUCGACUUGCCAUUAUCAAUUACGGAAAAAACAGCAUUUGUUCGGGCUAUGGCGACAGUCGAUCCGAAAUUUCGUGUUCCAUCUCGCCGAUCAAUCGUAUCUUCUUAUCUACCUCGAGCAUAUGAUCAAAUUUCGACCAAAUUGAAGAAUGUAUGCACAUCAGCUCUGUUCGUUUCUUUGACGUUCGACGCGUGGACAGAUCGUCGUAUGCGUGCUUUUUAUGCAGUUACUAUCCAUUACAUCAACGGAAUGGGUCAACUGAAAGCUCACUUGCUUGCGUUUAAUCCACUCUCAGGUAGCCACACCAGCGAGAAUCUAUACAUAGAAUAUGAACGUGUAUCAACGGCUUUUACUAUUGGAAAUAAGAUCGUUCGCUUGAUUACGGACAACGCGUCGAACAAUUUAGCGGCUUUCGGCGAACUAGUUAUUCCAGGUUUCGAAUCAUAUUUCGUCAAGGAGGAGGACGUUGAAGACAUCGAUGAUGAUGUAGACGAAAUAAACUUGAGCAUGUCUGAAGGAAAUCGUCCUGAUGAUGAAAACGUGCUAAAUGAGUCUGAGAGAGGAGAAGAAUUGUUACGUUUGCCGUGUUUUAUUCAUACCCUUCAAUUGGUUGUUAAAGACGGUUUAAAAGAAAGUAAUUGUUCUCGAUCGGCAUUGGCCAAGGUGGCUCAAAUUGCCAAGUUAAGCCAUACGAGUAUACCAGUGGCUGAAAAAUUGCAGGAGUUGAAGUUCAGUAUUCCAGAAGCUGUUAUCACACGAUGGAACUCUCAAUUCAUUACUAUAACGAAAGUUCUCGAUAUACCCAAUGCGUUACUGAACGAUCUUCUGGCAGAGCAAAAGAAAACUGAAUUGAUAUUAUCCAUGAAGGAUUUAAGUGUGUUACGUGAAUUUACAUCGAUUUUCACAUUAUUUGCCGAAGCCACUACCCGAACACAAACUGAGCAGUGCUUGUCGAUAUCGCUAGUGGCACCAAGUGUACUAGCCAUUUAUUUUGAUCUCGAAAAUGAGUCGAAAUUAUCCAAACAUUCGAGUUCAUUAUGCCACGCACUUAUUCUCUCAUUGAAGCAGCGAUUUGGUGGUCUACUUAUUAAUCUUGAAAUACCUGUCGAUGACUCUAUCAAGCGCCGAAGCACAUUUAGUCUAUUUUCUGACGAUAUUUUUCUUAUCUCCGCAUUCCUUGAUGGACAGUUUCGUCUUCGUUGGAUUUUACAAUCAGCAUUAUCUGAAGAAACGAAGAUUCGUUUAUGUGAUCGAAUAAAGCUACUAGUCAUCCAAGCAGCCUUUCGCCUUGAGCAUUCAUCGGUUAUUACUCAAACUGUUGAUGAUCCACCAAAUGAGCUGACGGCAGCAAUCGCUGGUGACGAUCCAUCGGGUGUCAAAGAGUCGUCCGGUGCCAGUGUUACGCCGAAGCGAAAGAGUCUAUUUUCAUAUUGCGAAACCUCAUCGGCAGCAGCUUCAAAGAAAAUGCGCGCCGAUAUUAUCGACGAGAUCAACGAAGAGAUGGUAUUAUUUUUGAAGGAUCAACGUUAUGAAAGUGAUCUUAUUUUUGCAAGAAAAGGCCAUUGUCCACACUUAUAUCGAUUAGCCAUGAGGGUAUUGUGUGUACCAGCGACAUCGGCUCCUGCUGAGCGAGUGUUUUCUCGAAGUGGGCUACUCAUGAGACCACAUCGUAGUCGGCUGACCAAAGAUUCGUUGGCAAAAUUAACAUUUGUUAAAUGCAAUAUUGAUCUGUUGAGUUGA